UCCAAAGCUGCCAAGGAAGCGGACGAAUCUCUCGCACAGUCGGUGAUCGGACUUCGUUCAGCUCGGCCGAUUCAAGUGGUCGCUUACAGAGGGCUUGUCACCAAGAUGCCGCUUUACGCCGCGUACCUUCUCUUGCUACCAGGCAUUCUUUUCUAUACACUCAUCUCGCACAUCAAUGCGGCUCCAGCAACCUACGAUCAGCGACAAAGCGGUGAUUUCAAUGUGGACGCGAGGUUCGACAACUUCUUUGUGGUCGUGGCCACUUCCGAUAACACUGGCCUCCUCGGAAACCUCGCUGGGCAGGUGCUGGGGUGGAACGAGUUAACCUUGCCGCAGCGCAGCAAGCAACAGACGCGAGAGAAGCCGUCUGAGACUAUGGUUUACGAGACGGAAGAUGCAGAUGGCGGCAGGGAACCUUACCACGUCGAGAUCGUUCGUAUAGAGAAGGAUGGAGAUCACAGUGAUAAAAGUAAACAUGUUGACCAGCCGGCAGUUGCUAAAACAGGGGAGGGCAUUGAUUUAAAAACGUCGGCAAAGGACGUUGAGAAUUCUGAGAAGCUUUUGCAACAGACGCCUGACACAGAGGUGGUUAUCGACGAUAAAAAGGCGGUAAAAAAAACCAGAAGCCUUUGGAAGAGUGAAGGAGGACGUGUACUUAUCGAUGGUCCAUUAAAAGCGAACAAAGGGCACGUUAUUGAUGUGAGCAAAUUGCAAGUGGAAAAUUUUGACCAUCCUGAUGUUCUGCCAGUGAAGGAAGAAACAUCUAAAGCGACGAGGCCAGGCAUAUCGUUGAAGAAACAAUUAUCCAAGAAAGAGGAGGAGUCGAUGUCUGCGGAGAGAAACGAAUUGGGCAGCAAAUACCAAGAGCUGGUGUUGAUUGGAGGUGGCAUUGAGAAUUGCGGACCAGGAAGAUACAGGGACAAGAUAGGUGUCUGUCAAACCGACAAGAAUUUCGAUGAAAGUUUGUCUCGUUAAGUAAGAGGUACUUAA